AUGUCUUCACCUGCGCUAGCGUUCGACAUGUCGUUUGACGAAUAUGACUGGCCAGACUUCGAUGCGAUAGACGCGGUUCCAGAUGUAGGCCAUGCCGGAGGCGCUCAACGCAUGACCGCUAGCCCUGUGGUAAUUGACGUAGAGGAUGCUCAGACAGUCUCUCUAAGCCCAACUCCGAGCCACACAUCAGCUUUGAAUGGCAAACUUCCCUUGCUACAGCUGACUGAAUGGGACGAGAACGAGACCUACGAUGAGCAACCACCAACAUGUAUCCAUUAUUCUAUUGAGUGGAAGUUGACAGCAAACAACAGAGUAGUGUCAAAAGAUAGCGAACCAGACCUCGUCCUUGCACCGAAUGCCUUUUGGGAAAAAACCCUAUACCACAAGCUCGAUAAGCUGGUGAAGAAGAAGCUGCCAUCCAACAAGUCGUUCAACAUAGAUGAUACCAACGUAAUCGUGUCCGUGCGAGAUCGCUCCCAACGUGACCUUGUCAAGCGAUUCGACGAGCUCGAUAUUGACUGGCCUGUCGUGGAGAGACAGCUCAAAGCUUGGAGCCAUCUUUUCCGUGCUGGGAGAGAACUCAGGAUCCAGAUAUCUUUCAACUAUCUGGAAUCUGGGUCCUCUACUGCUGUGCAGCGAGGCACUAAGCGUGGCUUCUCCUCUGUUACGCAGGACAGACUGCAGGAACGGGCAGCUCAGCUCGAUGCCGAAGAGAGCUCUACAGGUCAGGCGUCGAUCUGGCGACGGGUCUACGCCCUGAUGCGAUGUCCUGGACCGCCGUGCAAUCUUGGGCCGCACUGCUGGAUCGAUGUUGGCGCGGGCAAAAAGCAUUACAAGCUGAGAUCUCAUCAUUUUAGGGCCAUCAUUCGACACGUAGAGCAAGGCGGUGUGUUUAAUAUUCCUGGUGACAUGCCCGAGGACAUCCGCGACCAGCUGUAUGCCGAGGAGCAGCAACACGCAGAACGACAACGCAAGACCACUUCUCCGUCGGCAGGGAAUUACCCGCCGAUCAACAUUACCAACGUAAUGCCGGGCUCCUCGCCGCUCGCGUCUCCAGCGGGCGCUGCGACUCCGCUCGCAGCCUCAUCUCCUGUCUGCUGCAAUGUUGUUUUGGCCUUAGAAAUCGCGGGGCCGAGAGAUGUGGCCGUGCGAUCGUACUGCGAAUGGCAGUGCUCGCAAGUGGAGAGCGAGACGCUCAAGAGGGAGUUUUGGAAGGCAUACGGUGUUGCGCUCGACCAUGGUCUUGAUCUUGAGCAGGUGCACCAAGAUCAAGAGCCUGACUUUUUUAUCGAACAGGGCGUCAAGGUGGGCGUAGCUCGACGGUUCGUCCGUGAUAUUGGAAAGUGGGUUGAAGCACACGCAUGA